AUGGGCGAACUCAGCCUACGCCAUAUCCCCGACCUCUCUGAUGCUUCUGGCAUCGGCGAGUUUUCCGACUCCUCCUUCCAGAUCCCGGCCGCAGCCCGCCAUGCCGACGACUUGCUUCUUGCAGACGACACAAUGGACUUCUUCUCAAACGAAAAUCACACACUCAGUACCCCCGCGCCUUCCAAACCUCCCGUGCAACCUCCGCUCACCCUAGCAGAGCUUACGCCCCGCUCCAAACCUGUACGCGCAGCAGCCACAAGAUCAUCUUUGCGCCCUCGCCCCGGAGUGGCUACCCCUUAUAGAGCCAACAUCGCCCAAGGACUCUCUGCAGCCCUGUCCGAAGACCUGUCGCCAUUCCGUAAGCACGACCCCUCUUUCGAAAUACCCCCUCCGCAGACGCAUGACGACGACGAUCUCCUUAUGGCGGACGAUGGACACCAAUUCCUCUCCGAAGAACAAUCCUCCCUUGAUGCGACCCCACCCCGCGCUCCUGGUUCAACCACAGGACCCUCUACGGGCGUGACGCCCAGUGAUGCGCCGCCGUACGCCGUACUCGUCGAACCCCUGCCGUCUGUGCAGAACAUACCGACGGAGCUUGUACCAAGAUCCCCGCAGUCUAUGGCAGAUGUUUACAUUGUCGACCCUGCAUCCCUUGCCACGGUGUCUGGUAUCCCGAACAUGCCGGAAUCAAUCCCGGCGGUAAAGAUCGAAGACAACCCACACGAUCCUUCCAAGAAGGGGAAAGGCAAGGCACUUUCCAGGGUGAAUGCCACAGUCCGACAAAAGAUGGCCCCUGGCGGCGACAAAGCGAAGCGAAAAAGGGUACUGAUAAUUCCUAAUAGAACAUAUGGUUUCGGCGGCUCAUGGAUACGGUUCCUCAUUGGUUCUCCAGGUUCUAGCGGCUCAGUUGCUGCGACAAAUGGCCACGCGAAUCCUCACGCUGCCCCCGCCGAUGUCAAGCCCUUCCGAAGUGGCGGAUUGGCGGAUACACUAAUGUCGUACGGCCAGAAGCUCAUGUCGACCACACAGAGCUCACACGACGCCCUUGCGGAACACUGCGAGGACGCAGCUGAUACGGUAGAGGACGGGAUCCCGCCUGUACCUGAGACCACUGUUAGCGCAACCUCAGCUUUGUCCCCAAACGCGGACGAUGGUCCUGUAGCACACGACAUGGCGCACCCAGCGAGCGAGCAGCAGCAUGCACGAGCCGUCCUUGAUCGGGACUACCUCACUCUCUCGCAGCUAUCUCCGCGGAAAGCUGAGGCAGCAAUUGCUUCCUCGACCACGUUGGCCUCGCUUAACACAAAUGAAGCGCUCGUCCCCGUGCUCGAUCAACCCAUACCUCCUGCAGCCUCCUCAGAGCGUCAAGAGAGUUCACCAUCCCCAAUGCGUACCUCUAUCAAGCGCGCGGCGUCGCCGGCCGAUGAACUUUCUGUGCACCAACGCAAACGGGGUAAGACAGUACCCAAUGACAUGGAGCCGUCCUCCGGAGAUCUCAGGUCCCGCAGGCCUGCCCUGCAGCCCUCUCGGUCGAAGAACGUCCCGGCGGGUGCCCCCUUGGGCUCUGGGCCCACAUCUCGUACACGGCGCGUCGUCUCUGGCACUGCGAAAUCAACCACUGGCGGUGUCGCAAGCGCGGAUCGCGCUACGCAACCCACGGAGACAACGUGCAAGCCCGGCCUCAAGUCGUCGCGGUCACAGACUGUGCCUGGUGGGGAAGGUUUGGCUAACCCGACGGUCCAGACCACAGCACGUUCCAUGGCGAGCACGACGUUGAAGAAGAGCAACCGUAACGCCGCCCCCUCAUCCUCGAACAACGGGAGCAGAUCAAGGAAUUUUACCGUCCCACAGAGGGAAGGCGUCCCCGAUGGUGAGGAGCGUAUGACGGAUGGACUGGAGUCUGGCCGCUUAACCUCAGCUAGUGUUGACAGACCGUCCACAAAUUUACCUCCCGCAAAGACUACGAAGUCGCAAGAGUUCACAUUCACCACGUCGACGCGUAUGCGAACCCGCAGCAGGACCACGGCUGAGCAAACUGACAAGUCCACUGGUCACAGCUCGAGCGGGAGCACGAGCACGAGCACGAGCGUCAACGGCAACAGUCACAGUCAAUCAUCCCUUAAGGGGUCCCGUGCACCCAUCCCGGACUUCAAAUCGCUUCACGCUAUGCGCGAGUCGGUGCUCGCUCGGCGAAGAGCAGAGGUCCACCCCACAGUGCCCGUAGGAUUCGCGUUCGCGACGGACACGCGGGCAGCGGAGCGCGAGAAGUUCGAGGAGGCUCGUCGGGCGCGCGAGCGCGAGCUUGAGCGACAGGCUGAGGAGCGCAGGCGGCAGCGCGAGCUCGAGGAGGAGGCGGAGAUCCGCGAGCUCAGGCGCCGCGCGGUGCCCAGGGCGAACGAGGUCCCGGAGUGGUACGCGUUUGCCCCGAAGAAAGCGAAGCCAGCGGACGCUGCCGGCGGCAGUGGCAGCUGA